AUGCCAGCAGUUUGCUGUGGUCUUAAGAGUUCAUGGGACUGCAAAUCCCAGGUACAAUCAGAUGUGUUUGAUCCAAAGGCCAAUGGUAAUCUAAGCUCUAUGACAAUAAAGAGAGAAAGGUUAGGGCGCUCAAGAUGCACAUCAAAUUUCAAAGAUAUUGUGAGAGAUACAGAGAAGCCACUAGGCUGCAGUACAAAAUCACUAGGGAGCAGUGAAUUUUGCAGUAAGGGCAAAGAUAAUGAAAAGGAUGGCCCAAUGUUUUUGGGCAAAGUAAGCCCAGAGACCACUGAGAAUAGAGGCCACAAUUUGGUACACCAUUAUAGGCCCAUUGAAACCCAUGGUGGCUCUAUUAUUUUUUAUGGUGGUGGUACCAGUGAUAUUCCAUCAAGGACAUCUAUUGAGACAGAUUGUUAUUGUUAUUCAAAUUUAAUUUGCCCGAUAUGUGGUAAGAAGCUUAGAAAAUUGGAUGCUAUUCAAGCACAACAUCUCUCCAAGCCUUCAGUAAUUGAACUUGGUGAAAGAGACUCAUCUAGGAAGAUAGUAGAAAUGAUUUGCCAAAAGAGUUGGUUAAAGUCUGAGAACAGUUGCAGGAGGAUAGAGAGGGUCUUGAAGGUCAACAACACAAAAAAAACCAUUGCUUUGUUUGAAGAAUAUAGAGAAAAGGUGAAGAAUGAAGCUAGCAAACAAAUCAAAACGCAUCCACGCUGCCUGGUUGAUGGUAAUGAGCUUUUGAGGUUCUAUGGCACAACUUUUGUGUGCUCUCUUGGCAUGAAUGGCUCUUCUAGCUUGUGCACUUUGGAUAAUUGUGGUGUAUGUCAAGUUUUAAGGCAUGGAUACUUCACCAAGAAGGAAUUCAACGGUGGGUUAGGAGUUUUUACCACUUCCACAAGUAAAAGCGCAUUCCAAUCUAUUGAAUUAUAUGAAGAAGAGCAGUCUCUUGGAAAGGCUUUAAUACUGUGCAGAGUAGUGGCUGGAAGUGUUCACAGACUUUUGGAAAGAACUCAAGAAUUAUCUAGUCCAGAGUUCGAUUCAUUGGAUGGGACAAUGGGUCAUCAUUCGAAUAUUGAGGAGCUUUAUGUAUUAAAUCCCAUAGCUAUCCUCCCUUGCUUUGUGGUAAUCUACAAACCCUGA